AUGACAAAAUUCGGUCAGUUGGUUAUAGGUCCACCCGGUGCAGGUAAAACUACAUACGUUGAUGGUUUAUCGCAGUUCUUGCCAGCUAUACAACGUCCUAUUACGUCUAUAAACUUGGAUCCAGCAGCUGAUGAGCCACCAUACAAACCAGAUAUCGAUAUACGAGAUCUAGUCAGUGUUACAGAUAUUAUGGAAGAACAUCAUCUUGGUCCAAAUGGUGCGAUGCUGUUCGCAUUCGAAUACAUUGAUAUCAACUUUGAUUGGCUUGAGGAGAAGAUCGAGGAGUCUGAGAAUGAAUAUUUGGUAUUUGAUAUGCCAGGGCAAGUUGAGCUUACCACCGGUCACUCUUCCCUUAUCAAUAUUCUCGAGAAGUUGAAGAAGAAGUUGGAUUGUAGGCUUACUGUCGUACAUCUCACUGACGCCCAGAGUGUCGCUGAUCCAAGUCGGUACAUUGCAGUAUGUUUACUCUCUCUGAGAACAAUGUUGGCUUUGGAGCAGCCGCAGAUCAACGUGUUGUCUAAAAUAGACACUCUCCCACGCUUUGGCGACCUGCCCUUCAAUCUGGAUUAUUACACUGAAGUACAAGAUUUGGAUUACAUUUGUGACUAUUUGAACACCCAGCGGCAUACUUCUCGGUUAGAGGGGCUUAAUAGGGCUAUCUGUGAAAUGAUAGAGGAUUUUGGCCUGGUUUCCUUCGAGACAUUGGCGGUUGAGGACAAACUCAGCAUGUCAAAACUUGUCAGACUGACAGACAGAGCUUGUGGUUAUGUAUUCCAAGGUGAAAUGGCAGAACAAGAUAGUGCAUUGUCUUUGUUUACGUCUGUAAUGGGGAACCUUCCUUCAGAACUCGACAUGGAUGUUCAAGAAAGAUGGCUAGAUGCUAGAGAAGAUUAUGACGAGUUUGAAAACCAACUGUGGAAGGAAGAGGGAGAAGCUGUCGCAGAAAGUGAAACCAAGCGCCGACAACAACCACAGAGGGAGGAACAACAAGGUCAGACCCUCAGACCGACCGUAAAUACCUACAGUGGUUCCCAAAAGCCAAUUAUUGAGAGCACAAAGAAAAACUGAAGCAUUUAAAAACCUAGAAACCCUGCAUGUUUAUGUACAUCUAUAUUCU